AUGCCGCCUACAUCCAGUUCCACCGCAAAGAAGGCGCCAUCAUUGAAGCAAUUGGUUAUUAAAUUGAAAGAAAUCCAAGCAACGUUCAACGAUAUUUGGAUAUUUGUUGAGACGUUCAAAGAAGAGACAUCCGCCAGCCAAGUGAACGUGCGCCUACAGAAGCUUGAUGAUCUUUGGGAGAGAUUUGGAGGGACAUUGGUUGAUGUCAAAUCACACGAUGAUUUUGUAGAAGAAGGAGAUUCUUAUCAGAAAGAACGACAGGAGUUUAGUGAGCGUUAUUACUUUGCUAAAUCCUUCCUGAUGGAUAAGGCUAAAGAUAGACAGGAGCCAGGUUUCAUAGAUCAGUCCGUUCGUGGCCACGAUGCAUCUAUGUUGGGAACGCUAGAUCACGUGCGCCUUCCGCAAAUUAAAUUGCAAAUGUUCAAUGGGAACAUCGAGGAAUGGUACAGCUUUCGAGAUCUUUUCACUUCUCUUAUACAUCUCAAAGCGGAUCUUCCGGAGGUGGAAAAAUUCCAUUACUUGAAGGGUUGUCUUCAAGGAGAAGCGAAAGCGCUGAUAGAUGCCUUGCAAAUCACGAAGGCUAACUAUCAAAUCGCUUGGGAUAUGUUAUUAAAGAGGUACAACAACAGCAAGCAAUUGAAGAAGCUUCAAGUAAAAUCACUCUUCAAGCUGCCCACACUCACCAAGGAAUCUACUUCCGAUUUGCAAGGUUUGCUAGAAGGUUUCCAGAGAAUCGUACAUACAUUGGACCAGGUUGUACAGCCCGGCGAUUAUAAAGACCUGUUGCUAGUGAACAUUCUCACUUCUCGUCUCGAUUCAACCACUCGAAGAGGAUGGGAAGAAUAUUCGUCCACGAAAGAGCAAGGCACCCUGCAGGACCUGACAGACUUUCUACAGCGACGUGUUCGUAUCCUGGAGUCUCUACCGUCGAAGCCAGUAGAUAAAUUUGUGCAUCAAAUUCCACCCGCUGCCAAGCAGAAGCCAUCCGUUCAGAGGACAUCCUAUAAGGCAGUACAAACCUUCGGUGGCUGUGUGGCGUGUGAGGGCCAUCAUCCACUAUACCAAUGUAGUACUUUUCAACGGAUGUCAGUCGCAGAAAGAGAUACGUUACUCCGUAAGCGUUCUCUUUGCCGAAGUUGCUUCAGACAUGGCCACCAAGCAAAGGAAUGCCAAUCCAAAUAUUCAUGUCGACAUUGCAAAGGGCGUCAUCACUCAUUGGUAUGCUUCAAAACACAAAGAGAAGGAAACCCAAAAUCAAUAUCAACGUCAACACCAUGCGCUUCCACUUCCGGCGGUAAUGAACCAUCCACCUCGCAAAUGGCUAACGUGGCAGCCACGGAUUCAUCCAUUUCGAAUACUGUCCAAAGAUGUGCGUCGCAGGUUCUACUAGCAACAGCAAUCGUUAUCGUUGAAGAUGAUGAAGGUGUACGAUUCCCAGCUCGAGCGCUUCUCGACUCCGGAUCAGAAAAUAACUUCAUUACUGAGAAAUUAAGUCAGCGGCUUAGGGUACACCGAGACAGGGUAGACAUUUCGGUGUUAGGAAUUGGAUCCCUAGCUUCAAAUGCGAAGCAAAGAAUAAGGGCGAAAAUAAGGUCGCGUUUAUCAGAUUUUUCACGCGGAAUGAGCUUUUUGGUGCUCCCCAAGGUCACUGUUAACAUUCCAACUGCUACAGUGGACACUACUGGAUGGAAAAUACCACAAGGAAUCGAAUUGGCCGAUCCUUCCUUCCUCAUAUCCCAACCUGUUGAUAUCAUACUCGGUAUCGAAUUCUUCUUCGACUUCUUCCAGGGGGGAAGGAAGAUUGCAUUGGGUGAUCACUUACCUGCUUUGAAUGAUUCAGUUUUCGGAUGGGUGGUGUGUGGCGGUGCAACAGCUAUUGGCCAGCCACUACACAUAAAUUGCAAUGCAUCGACUUCAAAUAAUUUAGAAUCGCUUAUGAAACAAUUUUGGUCCUGUGAGGAAGUUGGUUCGACGUCAAACUAUUCGCCAGAAGAGGCACGAUGCGAGGAAAUAUUCACUGAUACGGUUCAGCGUGACACCAACGGUCGUUAUACCGUAUGUUUACCCAAGCACGAAGGCAUUGUGGAUCAAUUGGGAGACUCAAUGGAAAUAGCGCUUCGCCGUCUUCAGGCAACGGAACGACGAUUGGCACGAGAUGUUGAAUUGAAAGAUCAAUACACUUCUUUUCUAACGGAAUAUUGUCGUCUAGGUCACAUGGAGAAGGUAACUGAUAACGGAGAAAUCAAACGUUGCUAUCUACCGCAUCAUCCGGUGGUCAAGGAGUCGAGUAGCACCACUAAAGUACGCGUGGUCUUCGAUGCUUCUUGCAAAACUUCCACGAAUAUUUCUCUCAAUGAUGCACUGAUGACAGGGCCCACCAUUCAAGAGGAACUCCGAUCGAUUGUAUUACGCUGUCGUACAAAACAAAUAAUGGUUGUAGCGGACGUCGAGAAAAUGUUUCGACAAAUAAAUAUGCAUCCCAAGGACCGACCAUUGCAAUCGAUCCUAUGGCGAGCAUCACCGGCAGAAGACGUUGCAACAUAUGAGCUAAACACGGUCACUUAUGGAACGAGACCGGCACCAUUCCUAGCCACUCGUACGCUAAAGCAAUUGGCAAUGCAUGAACAGGAUCAUUUUCCAGAAGCUGCCAAGGUAAUCAUUGAAGACGCCUACAUGGAUGACAUCAUCACAGGAGGCAAUAAUCCAACAGAAGUAUGCAACCUGAGAAUGCAACUAGAAAGCCUAAUGAAAAGCGGUGGAUUUUCUCUCAGGAAAUGGGCGAGCAAUUGCCCAGAAAUAUUAAGAGGAAUUGCUGAAGAGAACCUGGCGAUACAAAAUUGUAUUAAUUUGGAUACAAAACCAUCAGUUAAAGCAUUAGGACUUACCUGGUUACCUGAUGAGGAUGUUUUCCAUUUCGAUUAUAAAUUUUCCACGACCGACAACGAAAUACUUACCAAACGUCGGAUUCUUUCAAUAAUAGCCACUUUGUUUGAUCCUCUCGGAAUAAUAGGAGCCACAAUCACAACCGCGAAAAUUUUGAUGCAAUCCCUUUGGAUAUUGCGUGACGAGAACGAGAAGUUAUUGGAAUGGGAUCAACCGGUACCCAAAACGGUGGGCGAGCAAUGGCGAAACUUUUAUGAACAACUUCCACUCCUGAGAGAGAUAAAAAUGAAACGAUGUAUAAUAAUUCCCGGCGCGGUAUCAGUGGAGGUCCAUUGUUUUUCGGAUGCAUCAGAGAAAGCGUAUGGCGGUUGCAUUUAUGUAAAAAGUCAAAACCUAGAAGAAAAUACGCAAGUUCACCUCCUAACGUCGAAAUCUAAGGUUGCACCUUUGAAAACGCAAACAAUUCCGAGGCUCGAGCUGUGCGGGGCACUGCUCAUAGCACAACUUUACGAGAAGGUGCAAAAGGCUAUCAGAGUAGAAGCGCGAUCCACAUUCUGGACAGAUUCUACGUGCGCCUUAAACUGGAUCCUAUCCGCUCCGAAUAACUGGACCACUUUCGUCGCAAACAGGGUGGCGAAGGUCCAAGGCAUAACAGAUGGUUGUUUCUGGCGUUAUGUUCCUGGUACACAUAAUCCUGCCGAUCUCAUAUCCAGAGGCAUCUCUCCGAGCGAUAUUGUAUCUAAUAAAUUUUGGUGGCAUGGUCCCAGUUGGCUCGCAGAAGGUCCUGAGAAGUGGCCAGAAUCCACGACUAACAUAAACCGGAAGGAUGGCUCCACAGAACGUCGGCGUACAGCUGCUGUUGUUGCAGCUUCCACAAAAGAAGAUUUCAUCGGCUGGUAUCUGUCGAAAUUUUCCUCCUACACAACGUUGAUUCGUCAUACUGCAAUAUGGAAAAGAUUAAUGAAAAUUCUACAAAACUCACCGAAAAAGGAAACUUAUCCAUUCAUCACUACGACUGAACUUCGAGAUGCAGAAAACCAACUGAUACUCCUGGUCCAACGCGAGACUUUGGUGUCUAUUCUGUAUUUCAAUCGAUUCGAAAUAUUUCGAACGACUUGGUAA